AUGGCGCCUUCUUCUCACUCGUCCCGCUGUUCCGAGUCUGCGGCGGCGGCACUGAAGCAUCUGCAAGGCGUGGAAAAACAGCUUCAGAAUGAAAGACUACUAUUCAACAAAGAAACUGUACAGCACCUUGAAGAUGCUGUCAAAGCCAUUAAAAAAUUGGAAAAGGAGAGAAAAGAUACAAUUGAAUUGUUGGAAGAAGAGACCAUAAAAAACUGUAAUCUCCGUAUCAGAGUCAAGAGUUUCCCAGCAAUUGUUAUGAAAGAAUUUGAAGAACUUGUGGCUGCUGCCCAUCGAUUUCAUCUUAACAAGUUAAGAGAAGUAGAAGCUUCUAUGAAUGAAACUAUUGCUGCAGUAGAAGAGGUGUACACAAAGCAAAUGCUCUUUGAAGAACAAAAUGAAACACUAUGUAAAGAGCAAGAUCAAACAUGGGAGAAAUAUAAUGAAAUUGUCCAAUUAGUAAACCAACAAAUGGCUGCAAAGCAUUCCAUGAACAUUAAAAUAAAUGAACUUCGUAAUAUGACAAAAAAAGAGGAAGAUGAAACGGCCAUGGAAGAGAUUGCCAUUGAAGACCUAAAGCAAGUAAUGGCUGCAGAAGCCCUUCAAUUUAAAGAAAAGAAAGCAUCGUUAGGGCGACAGAUUGAAGAACUUCAGAAAAAACUUCAGAUGAGAAAAAAUGAGGCUGAGGAAAAGAAGAAAGAAUUUGAAGAGUUGCUUAAAAUACUAUGUCGUUUACAGAAGAAAGUUUCAUAUUAUAAUCAGGUUGUUACUUAUUUGAAAAAGGAGUUAGAAGAAAUAUUAAAAACCAUCAAAGAUCUAAUACAAGAGUAUGAGAGGAAAAAGGCUGAGAAAGAGGAGCUUAUUAAAAGAAGGCUUUGUCUUCAGGACAAUCUAGUUUCAUUAGAUACAGACUUCGAUGAAGAAAAAGAAAAUUUGCUACAGCAGCUAGCGGAGAUUGCCCGGAAACUACAAGAACUUCAGGAAGUCUAUCAAAAAGUCAAGGAGGAAAAUGAUAUUCUUAAUAUGCAAUACCAAAUAUUAACAAGUGAAGAAGAACAUUUUUGUUCUGAAAGAGACAAGCUAGCAGCAGAAUUUGAAAAGUUAUCCAAUUGGCUCACAGAAAAGCUUGACUAUAUGGCAAAGCGUGUAAUAGAAACAAAAAAUACACAGGAGGAGCUGGAUGAAAUGCAGGAUAUAUAUGACUCUACACAUAGGAACUAUGCAAGAGAACUGGCAAUUUUAGAAGCAACAUUGAAAAAAGAAAGUGAUAAAAGAGAACAGUUGCAGAUUGAACUUGACAAAAUUACAGCCCUAUAUCAAGAUUUACUGGAAGCCAAUGAAAAAUUUCUGAACGAAUCAAAACAAAAACUUGAAGCUAUGAAAAAAUCCUGUAACAAGUUAAAAAAGGAGAAUGAACGUCUCAGUAAAGAAAUAAAGAAGCAUACUGAGCAUCUCAAACAUCUCACUUCCAAGCUGCAAAAAAAAGAAAUCAAUUAUAAGAAGCAAGCUGCUGAUUUAACAACAGAAAUUAAAAAAAUUGAGGAAGAAUACAACUCUAAAACAAAACGUAUGGAAGAAAUGGAAGAAAAACUACAAGAGAAUGUUCCCCUCGCAGAAGAAUUACAAAAAGAAUUAGAAGAAAUAAGCACCAAUUAUACAAAGCAAAACGAUCUCUAUAAUGAAUUACGAGAUGAAGAAAGUGCACUUAAAGUAGGCAUAGAACAAUCAUUAAGGGAAAUUAAGAAACUUGAAAGGCAAAAGACAAUUGCAAAGACUGAACUCAGUAGGAGCAGAGAUAAAGCAUUUGAGCAACUGACAAGUUCAACAUAUUCUAUUAAGUUUAUUGAGAGAGAUAACUAUGAAAUAGACAGAAUGCUCUUCAUUUUGAAUGGGGAGAAUGCCCGGUUAAGAGCUGGCAUUGCAUAUCUCAAGGAAGAUAUCUCCACAAUAGAUGAGGAGGCAAAGACCUAUCAGCUAAAGAGACAACAAAUCCAGCAAUGUAAAAAAGUUCUUUAUGAACUGUUUGCUGAGAAAUGGACAAAGGAUGAAUAUCUACAAAAGAUAUUUUUAAAGUACCAGCAUGAGCUCUUGAUUAUUCUGGAAGAAUAUGUCAGAAGAAAUACAAAGAGAAAUGUUAAGGUUGACUAUGUUCAUGAAGGGCUACAGCUAAACUAUGAAGAGAUGGAUUCUCUGUUAAGAAGCAAAUCUUUGCCAGAGGCUGACAAAGUAAGCAUUUUGGGGAAGUGUCACAUGAUAAAACAGACUACAAGGCCUUAUAAACUAAAGUUAGAAUACCGAAUCUUUUAUUCUUCUAUGAAUACAGAUUCAAUGUGA